UUCGAUUUGACGUGAAUAAUCGGACAAGUAAAAAUGAUGAACUUGAGACCGCGCCUCACCGCUGUUGCUCGAGGUUUGCAUUAUUUUUCUUCGCCUAUGAAUUUUUAGAUGUACUAAAUGCCAUUGCUAUCCGCCGCGGCAUUUCCGAUCUGCCAGAAAGUCAUGUACUAUUGCAGAAAACUUGCAGAAUGUUUGCAACUGACUAUUUGAUUCCGAGAGCAGCAGCUCACGAUACCGAGAAAAAGUGUCCUAGGGAAGCGUUGUCCAAGCUUGGAGAGCUCGGUCUGAUGAGCAUGCUGGUUCCAGAACGUUAUGGUGGAGCUGGACUGGACUACCUUGCCUAUGCCAUUGCCAUGGAAGAGAUUAGUCGUGGUUGUGCCUCGGUUGGAACCAUCAUGUCCGUGCAAAACUCGUUGUUCUUUGCUCCGCUACUCAAGUAUGGCACUCAAAACCAGAUUGAAGCUUUUCUUGGCCCUUUUCUUACGGGUGAGAAACUGGGUUGUUUCGCCCUUUCCGAACCAGGAAACGGAAGUGACGCUGGUGCGGCUUCUACCACUGCAACUAGAAAAGGUCCAACCUGGGUGUUGAACGGAACCAAGUGCUGGAUAACAAACGGUCUCGAAGCGGAGGCGGCAAUCGUCUUUGCCACAACAAACCGUUCCCUGAAACACAAAGGCAUUUCGGCUUUCCUUGUACGAAAACCGACAGAGGGUCUCGUCGUCGGAAAGUCAGAGGAUAAAUUGGGAAUUCGUGCCACAUCUACGGUCACCCUGAACUUCGAUGACUGUGUGGUACACGAACGAGAUGGCUGUGGUUUGUUGGGUCUCGAAGGCAAUGGUUUCAAAAUCGCGAUGAAGACUUUGGAUGGGGGGAGGAUUGGAAUCGCUGGACAGGCACUCGGAAUAGCCCAGGCGGCUUUGGAGUGUGCCUUGGACUAUGCGGGAAAGCGGUCUGCGUUCGGUAGUCCUAUUGGAAAGCUUCAAGCCAUUCAGUUCAAAUUAGCCGACAUGGAAACACGUUUACAUUCGGCUCGCCUGUUGACUUGGCAGGCUGCUCACCUUCUCGACAAAGAAGCACCAGUAACCAAAGCUGCAGCGAUGGCCAAGUUGGCUGCUUCUGAAGCUGCUACGUUUGUAUCCCAUCAGGCCAUACAGAUUCUCGGCGGCAUGGGCUACGUCAAUAGCAUGCCUGCUGAGCGACAUUACAGAGAUUCCAGAAUAUGCGAAAUUUACGAAGGAACAAGCGAGAUUCAGCGCUUGGUGAUUGCUCAAAAUUUGUUCAAAGAACAUGGGAUCCCUCUCUCGUAAACAUACUUAUUCUCUCAGGUGUGACUUCCACUUCUAAUUGACUGCAUUUUACGAUCAGUCAACUCAUGUGCCCAAAUAAUAACGUUUGUUAUUUUUCACGACGCUUCUUCCACUGAUGCUCUUUUAGCAUCUCUUGUUUGAUAUUUUUUUAAUACCCAGAAUGUGCUUCAUUCUUGCUUCUGGCCUACUUUCUUGAUUAUUAUUUCACGCACAUGGCUCCUGAGUUUUAUUCUUCUGAUGGCAUUAUCAUCUGACCGGCCGCUGGUAAAAUCACACACUGGCGA